AUGGAUAAGUAUAAAAUUAUAAAAUAGCUUGGUGAAGGUACUUUUGGUAAGGUCGUAAAGGCCGUUAACACUGAGACCAAUGAACUCGUAGCUAUUAAGAAGCUUAAAUCGAAUUACAAUUGGGAAGAUGCAAUAGCCAUGAGUGAAAUAAAGUCUCUGCGUAAACUUAACUCACACCCCAAUGUUAUCAAAAUAAUCGAGAUGAUUAGGAAAAAGGAAGAAAUACUGAUAAAUUUGCAAUUAAAACUAGCUGAUUUUGGUACUGCUAGAGAACUUGACUAAAGCGGUAAAUUUACUGACUAUGUGGGAACGAGAUGGUAUCGAGCUCCUGAGUUACUUCUAAGAUCAUCCAAUUAUACACAAGCAGUUGAUGUUUUUGGACUUGGAUGCAUUUUUAUAGAGCUUUAUCUUGGAAGACCAAUAUUUGUAGGUUAGAAUGAGUCUGACCAGUUGUUUAAGAUAUUUUCAGUUAUGGGAACUCCAAAUUAGCAAUAAUGGCCUGAGGGCUAUAGAUUAGCUGAUCAAAUGGGAUUAAAAUUCUAAUAGAUGACGCAAACCCCUUUAAUUUAGCUAUUUCAAAGGGAAAUAUCAGAUGAAGCAAUAGAUUUAAUGAAUGGCAUGCUAAGAUAUGAAAGUUCAUAAAGAUUCACUGCGAUUCAAUGCCUUAAUCAUUCAUACUUCAAAGAUGUCUAAUAGUACAUUCAAAUGGGAGGAGCAGCUGGAAACUAACGCCAAUAUUAAAGUGGACAACGAAUGCCACUUGUAAAGUAGUAACUGUCUAACUAGAACUAGCAAUAGUAAUAACAACAAUAAUCUUAUGGAGGAAGCAAUCAACCAAUAACGAAUUAGUAAAAUUUCACUAAAUAAAAGUCGAUAAAAGGUGAAUCAAAUAGCCAGCCGACAUUCAAAUCAUCAUAGGCUUAAGAUGACUUAAAUAGCUCUUCAAUGUAUCAACCUACAAUAACUGACUCUAAAAGAAUGAGCAAAUAUGGGGCAUUUAGCUUCAAUACAAACAUCUCUCAACCUAAUUUACCCUCUUAAUCUAAGCAAAAUAUAGAUGAUUCAUUUAGUUAGCUCAAUGAUUCUUCCUACAAUCCAAUGGGGGUUUAAUCUAAGCCAUUUACCAAACCAUUAAUUGGUGGCUCAUCAAUUCAAAACAAAAACUAUAACUACCAAUACAACUAAUUUUAAAAUAACUCACCCAAUCCAGUUUCAAAUUUUUAGACUCCACAAAGAGAACUUAACUAAAAUAGAAAAUUCUCUUAGUUAGGAAGUUCUUUGAUACAGGGCAACAUAACCAAUAACUAUUAGAGUUUGGUGGGAACAAGUACUCUUGAUGGUUUAGGGAAUUCUUUCUCAACUCAAAUACCUAAGGAGUCAAUGAUAUCGAAAACAUUUGGGCCAAACGAUAUAUUAGCCAAAGAACUGCAAAAAUAAGAUGAAAAUAAUAUGUAUAAAACUGAUAUAAAUCAAGGCUAGAGAUAAAUAGGUGGUGCACAAGGAUCAGGUGCUUAUAAUAAUAGACUCACUAACAAUUAGAGACGAGCUUUUAUCCCUGAUUAUGCUUCUAGUGGCUCAUAAAUAAUGCAGGGUAGUUUUAAACAAAGUAAUGUAAACGAUCGUUAGUAAUCAAAUAAUAACAGCGGAAAUACUACUUAAAAUAACUAUAAUAAUGCUUUUAAUAUCUAUGGUAGUACAAACUCAGAUCUGAGUAAUGUAACGAAUAUAGGGGUACUAAAUGAUAGAUAAAGUACUGCAAAUGAUAUUAGGGGAAAUGCAAGUCGAUUAGCGAUGAAUCAAGGCGUUAACUCUGGAGGUGGCAGUGUAUUCUCUGGUAUAGCUAGUAGAUAAAUAAUGGGAGGCCUCAAUAAUAAUCUUUCAGACAUGGGAGGGAAUAUUCCAACAUUUGGACGUCAUCAAAUCUGA